AUGCCCCGUCAGAAACGUCCUCACGUUCCGAAAGUUAAAGGUUGCUACGAGUGCUCGCAGCGACGAAUCAACUGCGAUCGUACAGAACCGCAGUGCACCAAAUGUAUGUCUAAAGGAAUCAUAUGUAGUGGUUUCGGCAUUCGAUACCGCUUCCGCGAGGAGGUCAGCACGCGAGGUAGGAUUCGACGUCGAGGUGAUGUGACUGAUGGAUUCAAGUUUUCAGUGCAGUCCCAAGACAUCCAGCAUGUCUCUUGCGCGACCUCAUCCAUCGCUCCAGCAGAUCUUGACAGCUAUCCCACUCUGCUCGACACACAUACGGGGCUGACAGACCAAUACCCUACGGAUGCCCUUGCCGCCAUCCAGACAACAGAGUUUUUCCCUCUUAUGACCGGACUUGACAUGGUGGCGCCACGGAGUGAAUACUUGCUCGCUUACUUCUCUAACCAUAUCGCACCUCAAAUGGUGGUCAUGGAUGACAGCUACAACGGAUGGCGAUGUUUUAUUCUCCCUUUUGCCUACGCCGACGAGAUGGUCAUGGAUGCCGUCUCCGCCGUGUCGGCCUUCCAUAUUUGCGAAAAAGGUGGCCGCCAACGCGAUCACCGACCCGAUAGGCUGUAUGCGAAAGUCAUCGCAGGGCUUCAGGGUAGGAGUACUUUCAGGGAAUGUGACCUGCAGACAAGACACUCCAUCUUUCUCGCGAUCAUAGUUCUGCUGGUGGGGGUUAUGGUCAACGGAUCUUCCGAUUUUCCCAUUCUUUUCUACAUGCUGCAGUCUGCGCUCGAGGCAGUUGGAGGUAAGAACGGACUUGGAGAUGGCGAGUUGACAAGGUUUCUUAUGCGUCAGAUUCGCAAAAUGCGAGUCUACGCAGCACCAUUACUCAGCCAGGAGGCCGGCGUGCAGACAAUCUUGUCCUCUGCCCAGAAAAGCUUCGAUUGCUUAUACUUCAACUCCGGCUUGCAUCCCGAUCACUCAUCGACGUUUGACCUUAUUGUAGGUCUUCGGCAGCAAGCAUAUGACAUCUACCUACAGCGAGCCAUGCUGGGACGCCGAAGUCGACGACAUGUGGAGCGCAUCGAACGCUUCAUAGAUACCCUGCAGUCACUUCCAGAUGAUGCCCCAGGCCAGCAUACCCUUGUAUGGCCGUCGUUCAUUGCAGCGUCCGAAAGCUCCAUUCCCGAGCAUCAACUCUUCUUCAAGCAAUUUUUAGAGGGCCAGUAUCAUCUGAACGGUUUCUCUAAUAUUCUGAAGGCAAUUGAGCUGCUGGAACGAAUAUGGACGAAUAAUAACGGCGAUACAUGGCCUGCGUUGCUCCCAGAGUCACGAUUAUUUGUCAUGUAG